CGUUGCUGGCCCGCCUGGCCGUCUUCAUCGCUCCCCGGAGCCUGUGUUCAAGCUUCCUCUUCGAACUGGCUGCAGCACGUUUUCUCCUGGUGCCCCACCUCCGACCCUGUGUUUUCCUCAGCAGUUCCAGCGCAACAGUUAAGCAGCCUGCCCAUAUAGGAUCCUGACAUGAAAUCACAUGACGAGGGAGAGAGACACAGAUAAUCAGAUGAAUGGGAGACGACAGACGGACACAGGGGCAUACUCUCGCUUUGCUGUAGCGUACAUUACUACAGCUGCAGUCAUAACGAUGCAAGAGGAAAUGACGAGAGCAGGGAGGAUGGUGGAGGCAGGCAGGCAGGGCGGGGCUGCUGAGUGAAAGCAGCGGGAGGCAGGAGAGUGAGGAAGCGGCUGAACAGACAACCAAGAAACAGAGGGAGGAGGAGGGAGAGAGACCGUAUAUCCACAGGACGUGAGUGCCGGCAGCAGAGGAGGGAGGGGGGGCUUCCAGACUGGAUGGGCCCAGCGAUGCCUUGAUGGAGUAUGGGCCAGGUUUUAGGAUUCUCCCACUGCCAGGAAUAUGGCUCUGUGGCGUCCACUCCAGACUCGACGCCUCCAUGCACCGAUGGCGGAAAUGAGGAGUCCGAGAUGUGCGAGCUGCAAACGGCCAGGGAGUGGUCUGACGAUGAGGAUGGGGGAGAUGGAGAUCCAGAUGACGACGAGGGACUGGCUUCAUCCCCGUCCAUCUGGGGCACGCCGCACCAGAACUCCUUAGAGCUGACUUUCUCUUACAUCGCCAUCGCCGAGGCCGAAGCGGUGGGAGCCUCGCGACACCUCCGUGACCGACGCAGGGGCAGCUCUCGGGGAAUUCGCACUCCUUUGAUCCGCACGGACACCCUGGAAACAUUGCUGGACUCCCCAGAGUCUGAAGUAGACUGGGACCCUCACGCCUUCCUCAGUCGAGAGGAAGAAGAGGAAGCAUCAGAAAGGAGAGCAGCCGUGAGGAGGGAGCAGCACAGGCAACCUGAGACUAUUACAAACCAGCCCUCUCCCCAAAAUCUGGACCCAGAAAAUCAGGGGAGAGAUGCAGGAAUCCAAAGAGAGGAGUCUCCGAGCAGUCUGACCCAGAUUGCCCAGCGUCCCUCUGCGUCCUUGUCUUCCCAGCACCAGAGCCCGUCGCAGAUAUUUCAGGACGCAGCAGUCUCACAGACCCCUGAGCCAGAAUCCCCCGUCGCCAGGGAAACCAUUUCAGUCAAGCUGCUCACAUCUGUGCGACCAAGAGGCCCGGCAUCCUCGUCGCCGGCUGCCAUUGGUCGAAACUCUCAGGAACAGCUGGUCAGCGAUCACUGGUUUUCAGCACUUGACCUCUCACAGGACCUGACUGUAUGCACCCACAUAGCAGCUCUUGGACGGGACAGGGAGUGUGAGGGGAACACUGGAGUGGUAACCAAAAUGGCCAGUAAAGUUAUGGACCUGAUCUACUGGAAGGACACAGAGCGCACAGGCAUGAUCCUGACAGGGUUAGUGGUCGGCCUGCUGUCCCUGUUCCAGCUCAGCAUCAUCACUGUGCUCUCCACCGUCUCCCUGGCUGUCAUGUGCUUCACCAUCUCAGUGCGCAUCUACUACCAAGUCCUCUACAUCCUCAGCUGGGGCGAUGGAGAACAUCCCUUCAAGUCAUACUUGGACCUGGACAUCAGUUUCAGUGGAGAGGAAGCUGACCGCUAUAUGCAGAAAGCAAUUGUCAUGGCUCUGUCUGCUGUUGACUCUCUGAAGGGACUCUUUUUUGUUGGAAACCUCUUGGAGUCAAUCAAGUUACUGGUUCUGAUGUACCUUGUGACAUACCUGGGACACCUGUGCAAUGGCCUUACUCUGCUCAUCAUCAGUGUGAUCGCUGUCUUUUCUCUGCCACUUUUCUACCAAAAACGCCAGGAGCAGGUGGACACCUUCAUUGCAAAAAUCCAGGCCCACAUUGACAACGUCAAGGACACCUUCCACAGACUUGCCCAGGGUGGUGGCCCUCCUCCUGACCCAACUCCCGGUGGCGCCAAACCCAAAACCCAGUAAACACUGAUGGACAAGAACUUAAAGAAA